GGGCAAGGCGGCCGCCCCCGGCACCGCGGUCCUGCUGGUCACGGCCAACGUGGGCUCGCUCUUCGACGACCCAGAAAACCUGCAGAAGAACUGGCUUCGGGAAUUUUACCAGGUCCUGCACGCACACAAGCCUCACUUCAUGGCCUUGCACUGCCAAGAAUUCGGAGGGAAAAACUACGAGGCCUCCAUGUCUCAUGUGGACAAGUUUGUCAAGGAACUACUAUCAAGUGACGCAAUGAAAGAAUACAACAGGGCGCGUGUCUACCUGGAUGAAAACUACAAGUCACAGGAGCACUUCACGGCACUAGGAAGCUUUUAUUUUCUUCACGAAUCCUUAAAAAACAUCUACCAGUUUGACUUUAAAGCUAAGAAGUAUAAAAAAGUCACUGGCAAGGAGAUCUAUUCGGACACCUUGGAGAGCACACCCAUGCUGGAGAAGGAGAAGUUCCCACAGGAUUACUUUCCCGAGUGCAAAUGGUCAAGAAAAGGCUUCAUCAGGACGCGGUGGUGCAUUGCUGACUGUGCCUUCGACUUGGUGAACAUCCAUCUUUUUCAUGAUGCAUCCAACUUAGUGGCCUGGGAGACAAGCCCCUCAGUGUACUCGGGUGUCAGGCACAAGGCUCUGGGCUAUGUGCUCGACAGAAUCAUCGACCAGCGAUUUGAGAAAGUUUCCUACUUUGUCUUUGGUGAUUUCAACUUCCGCCUGGAUUCCAAAUCUGUUGUAGAGACGCUCUGCACAAAGGCCACGAUGCAGACAGUCCGGGCUGCUGAUACCAAUGAAGUUGUAAAGUUGAUAUUUCGGGAGUCAGACAAUGACCGGAAGGUCGUGCUCCAGUUGGAAAAGAAGCUCUUCGACUACUUCAACCAGGAUGUCUUCCGGGACAACAACGGCACUGCGCUCUUGGAAUUUGACAAGGAGUUGUCUGUCUUUAAGGACAGACUGUAUGAACUGGACAUCUCAUUCCCCCCCAGCUACCCGUACAGUGAGGACUCCAGCCAGGGAGAGCAGUAUAUGAACACAAGAUGCCCUGCAUGGUGUGAUCGAAUCCUCAUGUCCCUGUCUGCCAAGGAGCUGGUUCUUAAGUCAGAGAGCGAGGAGAAAGUUGCCACCUACGACCACAUCGGGCCUAAUGUCUGCAUGGGAGACCACAAGCCGGUGUUCCUGGCCUUCCGAAUCGCACCUGGGGCAGGGAAGAGGUGCCAGCGCCAUGAGAGGAUCCUCGAGAGACCUCCCUGUAGCAGUGUAUCGAACUCAUCCUCCUAACAGCUGCAUCGGAACCCGCCCAAGCAUCACCUGCUAGACGGCCGGCCCCACACUUCGCUUCAGCCUCCGGACCUCCGGAAAGCCUCACAUACCUCACUGUCGUGUCUGUCACGUGACAUUGUAGACAUAUUGGGUUUAAUCAAGCCACAGUCCUAUUGCCAAAACUCUAACAGACAGCCGAGCGCCUGUAUUUUAGACUUCACAGUUUUCCAUUUUUAACGAUUGUCUGUGGAGGAAGCUUCUCCAUUUAGAGCCCCAGGUGUCCAGCGUCCCUCUCUGCCAGGAGGAGUGUGCCGGGCACCAGCCCAGGCAGCAAGGCUGCCGUGUGUGCUCAAGCCCGAGGCCCCGAGGUCUGACUCUACUGCCAUGUUACAUGGCGUCUGAAUCACACUGCAGCUGCUUUCCAUUUUUAUAUAUAUAAAUACAUAUAAAUAUAUACUUUUUAAAAAUAAUUUAUAAAUCUUACCAAAACUUAUGCUGAAUAUACUUUCCAGUAUGAGUGCACGAGUGUCCUGAGCAGGCAGAACCGCAGUCUAGUUGAAUGGUGAGUCCAUCAGCAGUCAGCACAGGUUCCUGAGACAAGACCUAGCAAGUGCCCAGGGGAGAGGGGCCCCUGCGGCAUGCCUGGACUAGCAGCUCGUCACUCUUCUGCCUUUUUCUGUGUAAUAUUAAGAACUGAAUGUGAAGUUGAUAGCUAGCCUGGGUGUACCUUUUAAGAAUUUUGUAAACCGUUUUGUCUGUCUUUUGUUACCGUUUUAUGGUGCCAAGUAUCCUACAUUAAAACCAUAAUCUCGUGGGAGAAUUAGAAGUAGCCUCGUCCACUUCCCACAGAUCGCUUCUAGCAUGGGCUGUGUGUAAACGUGGCAGAGAAGCGAUGGGUGAUGCCGGGCACAACCUGUUGCCCUUACUCGCACCCAGCACUGAGUACCACGGAAGGCGCCUGCGGAGCCUGCUGAGGAAACACAGCGUGCUUUUAUUGAUUUACUUCUGAACACUACAGUUCCUGGAUGGGGCGGAGGCGCGAGUUAAUGUCGGUUUCCCUAGAAAUCACCGAAGGCCGGCCUGUGUCCUUGAUGCCAGGGUCGGGUCUGUGACUGCCAUGGUCGCUGCUUGCCAAUGUGCCAUGUCCGCAGCGGUUGUCUGUGGGUUCCAGCUGUGGGUCCUUCCUCCGAAGGCCUCUGGAAGUGACUGCUCGGUUCCUAAGCAAUAAAAUUGAUCAUGGUGAAAACA